CUCCCGCCCGCCCCAAGAUGGCGGCGGCGAGCCCCGCCCCGCCCCUCCGCGGCGGCCCCAAGAUGGCGGGCGGCAUGGAGCCGGGGGCGGGCCUGGAUGUGGAGCGGGUGGUGGAGGCGCUUGAGCUGCUGCUGCGGCCGCCCGCCGGGCCCGGUGAGCGGGAUGGCGGGGCCGUGCCCGGCCCGGAGGGUGCCCUGCGGCUGGAGACGCUGCGCAGCAACGUGUCGGCGCUGGAGGAGCAGCUGCGGCGGGAGCCGGGCUGGGCGGCUCUGCGCGGCCUGCGCCGUGCCGUGCUGGCCCGGGCCCCCGCGCUGGCAGCCGGGGCGGCGAGCGAAGCCGACCCGUGCUGGGCCGCCGCUUGCGCGCUGCUGGCGCUGCUGCUGUGCCUCAAGGAGCGCCUGGCCGAGCUCGCCGCCGCUCCCGCCGCCCGUGGGGCCGGGGCCGGGGCCGCUCCGCCGCCCAGCGCCGACACUCUGAGCGUGGCGCAGGGCCGGGCGGUCGGGCGGGCGCUGCGGGCCGCCGUGGGGCUGGGCCUGGUGCCCUACCUGCCGCCGGGAGUGGGGCAGCUCCCGGGGCCCCGCGCGCCGGCCCCGGCACCGCCGGCUACCAGCGGGGCCCGGCUCCACGCUGCCACCGCCGCCCUGUCCGAGCUGGCCCAGCACCCUGCGCUGGGUGCCCCGCUGCUCGCCCGCCACCUGGGCCUCCUUCUCGCCAGCCUCUGCCUGCUGGGCCAUGGACCUGCUGCCUACAGCCAGGGUAUUUCGGAAGCAGAGCGAGCACGAUGCCGGGAAACCCUGCAGCACAUCCUGGACCGCAUCUACCAGCCACUGGCGGUGCGGGAGCUGCUCAUCCUGCAGGGACGGCCUAAGCAGAGUCCUUCCUCUCCUGGGGAAGAAACAAAGCCAGCCCUUGUGCGGGCCCCGGGGUGGCUGCGGCGCCUCUGUGGUCAGCUGCUCUCCGAGAGGCUGAUGAGACCCAGUGGGGUUCAGGCUGUGGUUCGGGGCAUCAUGGAGGGAACGUGCGCAGGUGGCGCUGGUGCUGAGGCAGCAGCUGUGGACUGGAGAAAAUGCGACGCGGUUGCAAAGAUCCUGGCUUCCUGCCCGCAGCAGUGCCGUUCCCUGCAGGAGUACUACCGACUGGUUUGUCCCCAGGUUCUGGGCUUGCUGCACAUCCAGGACAAGCUGACAGCGCUCCAGUUCCAGCGUGUGGCCACCACGACGCUGCUCACCAUGGCGAAAGAGCACCCUCAGCUGGCAGAGAAGUACCUGCUCCAGCCCCUGCUGGCACCGCUGCUGCGAUGCUCAGAGACAGCAGAGCUACUACUGGAAGAUCUAUCAGCAGGGGCUGUGCUGGUGACAGAGGCAGAGCUUGGCAGCUGCGUGGAAGAUGUGCUCAAGGUGUAUGUGGUUGGAAAUGACAGCUCGAGCCUGCUGCUGGGAUCCUUACAGUCAGUCCUGGGAGUGGUUUUUUCCCUCUAUUCCUUCGCCAAGCAGAAUGUGUCAUACUUACGCUCCCCAUGCCAGGAGAUCCUGCUGUGGUUCCUGGAGAAGUCGGAGCGGGAGGUGUCACUGGCAGUGCUGGAGGGCUUUGCAGGGCUCAACAGCAUCGUGCCCACCCUCCACCCGAGGUGCCGGUUCUGUGCGGGCAGCGAGGGUGGAGCCACCAUUGCAGUGGAGGAGACCAUCAGUGAUGAAGAUGAUGCCCUCUACCAGAAGAUUUCCUUGGAGCAGUGCCACGUGGAGAACUUGGUGGAGCUUUUGUCUCACUGUCAGAAGAGUGGUCUAGCCGGAGACUUCUUCAUCCGCUGCCUGCAGGCACUGACUCAUGUGGCUGCGGAGGAUGAGGUGGCUUCGAACUUGGCUGCAGCGCCUGGAGGGACUCUCUUGGAGCUGGAGCAGUACCACGCCGGGCAGAGGAGGAAGCUGCUGGUCCUGCAGCUUGUGGCCACGCUGUGCGAGAACAUCUCAGACACUGUGUUCACAGAUGUUGCUCAGGUGCAGGAGUUUGUGGCAGCCACGCUGCAGCGGGCCUGUGCCAGCCCGUCACGAGGCCCCGGCGCGGCCGUGGAGGCACAGACCCUUGCCAUGGCCAUGGGGCUGGUGGCUGCCAUGCUUGGUGGAGCCGUGCAGCUACAAUCCAGCGACUUCGCCGUGCUGAAGCGGUUGGUGCCGCUGCUGGAGGAGCUCUCCCGCACCUACCCUGAGCCCGUCACCCAGGAGCUGGCCUCAGACCUGCGCAUCGCCAUCUGCACCCACGGGGCCUUUUCCCCCGGGACACUGGGUGCUGCUGCUGACGGCGUGCUGGGGAAGAAGCCAGGGACUGGAGUGCAGAGGCCUGCUGGCGUUCCCAGUGGAACACCAAACCUGAAGGGUGGCUGGGCACCAUCAUGGCACAGCCACAGCAACUCCUCGGCUCCUGGGCAGAGGAGUGAAGAGCAGACAUUGAGCCGUGAGCCCAGCACCACUGGUCCUGCUCUAGCCCCAUGUACUGACAGCCCAGCUGGGCUCCAGGAGCUCCUGGUGUCAGCCUACGACCCACAGCCGCCGGGCCGGGCAGCUGCGCUGCGCUGCCUCACCAGCCUCAUCACACAGCGCGAUCCAGAGGCCCUGAAGCUUCAGGAGAAACUCCUGCAGGUGUUCCUGGAGAACGUGCAGCACGAGGAUGCCUUCGUCUACCUCUCAGCUAUCCAAGGUAUUGCCCUGCUCUCCAGCGAGUACCCAGAGCGGAUCCUGCCCAUCCUGCUGGCAGAGUACCGGUGCCCAGCACGUGGCACGGAGGAUGCUGCAGCUGCCAUCACCAGGAUGAAGCUGGGCGAGGUGCUGAUGCGUGUCACCCAGGCACUGGGGGACAUGGUGUUCAAACAUCGGGAGCCACUGGUCCAGGCCUUCCUGCAGGGUGCACGGGACCCUGACAGCGCGCUGCGGGCCAGCAGCCUCUCCAACCUGGGCGAGCUCUGCCAGCGCCUCGGCUUUCAGCUGGGCUCCAUUGUCCAGGAGGUCACCUCCUGUGUGACGGCCAUAGCCAGGACAGACCCUGAGGCAGAAGUGCGAAGAGCCGCUGUGCACGUGGUGGUGGUGCUGCUGCGGGGGCUCAGUGAGAAGGCCACUGAGGUGCUGCAGGACGUCCUUCGGGACCUUUACCGGCUGCUGAAGCACGUGGUGGUGGCUGAGCCUGACGGUGCAACCAAGCUGCAUGCACAGCUGGCGCUGGAGGAGCUGGACGUGGUGAUGAGGAGGGUUCUCUUCCCUCCACAAACGCUGGAGAAGAAGAUCACAGUGCUGCCAUAG